AUGCCUUUGAUGUUCGACCCGACCGAAGUGCCCGAGAGCACCCUAGAGCCGAUAGCCGUUUGCGGCAUGGCAUGUCGCCUACCCGGGCAAAUCGACUCACCAUCCAAGCUUUGGGAGUUGCUCUUGGCAAAGGGUUCUGCCCAGACCCCACGCGUCCCGGCAUCCAGAUUCAACAUCGAUGCCCACUACCACCCUGACUUGAAUCGGCCCGGCAGCUUCAAUGUCAUGGGGGGAUACUUCCUUGACGGGCCCGCCGAUGCGUUCGACCCCACUUUCUUCAACAUGAUGCCGAUUGAAGCCAUGUGGCUGGACCCUCAGCAGCGUAGGAUCCUAGAGGUGUGCUACGAGGCCUUUGAGUCUGCCGGCCUUACUCUCGAAGAUGUCUCCGGGACGAACACUGCCGUUUAUGCCGCUACUUUUACAGCCGACUAUCAACAAAUGUCCCACCGAGAGAUGGACUUUAGGCACAACUAUGUUGCUACCGGUGUUGACACUGGAAUACUGAGCAACAGAGUUGGAAAUACGUUUAACCUCAACGGGCCAAGUUUUACCAUCAAUACUGCUUGCUCCUCUUCUAUUUAUGCUGUGCAUAACGCAUGCCACGCCCUUAGAGCGCGUGACUGCGAGGCAGCCCUUGUAGCUGGUGUUAACCUCAUCCUCACUGUCGACCAACACAUGAACACCGCUAAACUCGGCAUUCUCUCGCCGACAUCCACUUGUCAUACAUUUGAUGCAUCGGCAGACGGCUACGGUCGUGCUGAAGGUGCUGGGGCUCUUUAUCUGAAGAGACUGAGCGAUGCUUUGCGCGAUGGCGACGUCAUCAGGACAGUCAUACGCUCAACUGCUGUUAAUACAAAUGGAAAGGUUCCUGGAAUGGGUAUAACUCAUCCUAGUAAGAAAGGUCAGGAGAGAGUCGUUCGACAAGCUUAUGAAAAAGCUGCUCUGAAUCCAAACGACACCGCUUACUUCGAAUGUCACGGCACCGGCACACCUGUUGGCGACCCUAUUGAAGUUCAUGCUGUAUCCAAAGCUAUGAAUGACACAAGAAGCCCAGAAAAACCACUCAUUCUCAGCGCCAUUAAAGCAAAUAUCGGUCAUUCUGAAGCAGCCAGUGGAAUAUUCGCCAUCAUCAAAGCUGCUAUGAUGACAGAGUAUGGAAUGAUUCCUGGUACUUCAGAGAAACAAGAGCUUGGCCAAACGGCUUCAAGUCAAAACGAGUCAGCUUGUCUUCCUUUGGUGUAUUAUGGCGGAACCAACGGUCAUGUCAUUGUUGAAGACGUACAAGCUUUGCAUCCCUACUAUCGACACGGAAAACCAAAGGAACUUGCAGACUACGACCAUUCUGCUACCAGGCCUUUCUUAGUCGUUCAAUCAGCGCAUGACCAGAACACUUUAACAAAGAACAUCGCUGCUCACCAGAGCGUCGUCGACAAGUACUAUGUUGCUGAUUUCGCGCAUACCAUGAACACCAAGCGCACUCGUCUAGGCCACAGGGCAUACACUGUGGUGACCCAGGGCUCCGAAACCUCUGAUAUGGACCCUACCGCUUUUCAGUCUGGUGUCGUCCGCAAAUCGAUUCCUGACCUGGCCUUCAUCUUCACUGGUCAAGGUGCUGCCUGGGCUGGUGUGGCUGUCGAGGCUUUGGAACACUUUCCGAUUUUUGCUGCCUCGAUUCGUAAUUUGGACGAAGUGCUUCGCACAAUCGAGCAUCCAGCCGACUUUAGCAUCUAUGAAGAGCUGCUCGCUAGCCCAGAGAACAGCCGAAUAAACCAUCCGAAGUACUCGCAGCCCAUUCUGGUCGCCAUCGAGCUCGCGCUCGUCGAUCUCUUUGCGUCUUGGGAUAUCGUCCCUAAAGCCACAGUUGGACACUCGGCGGGCGAGUAUGCUGCCGCAUACGCCGCCGGACUUGCUUCAGCUCCAGAGAUCAUCAUCGCUGCGUACUACCGCGGAUACUGUCUCGACAGGUACGCACCCUCUGGUGGGUCUAUGCUAGCUGUUGGCGUUGGCGCUGAUGAAGUCUCUGAGCUGCUAUCCAACAUAGGCACAGAGCUUGUCAUUGCGUGCGAAAACUCGCCAAAAAGCGUGACCUUGAGCGGACCUGUGGAAGCGAUCAAAGCGGCAAAGGCUACCCUGGAUGAAGCAAGCGUAUUUGCUCGGGAGUUAGCCACUGGUAUGGCCUAUCAUUCACCAGCCAUGAACCCAGUGGCAAAACCAAUGGUAGAGCUAGUCACCUCGGCAUGGCAGAAGAUUGACAGUACCUGGCUGAACUGGCGUCGCCCAAGAUGUACCAUGUUUUCAUCUGUUGACAACACCCUCUUGAAGAUGGGUCAAAUCACCCCAAGUUACUGGGCACAGAACUUGACUGGCCGAGUUCGCUUCCCUCAAGCGGUCGCGGCGCUGGCCAAGCACCCGAAGAACGACAAAUUAAAGGUGUUUGUUGAACUGGGCCCGCACUCCGCUCUUGCUGGUCCUCUCAAGCAGAUCCUCGAAGCAGAGCAGAUCAAGGGCGCGGUACACGUCCCAAGUUUUGUUCGAAAACAGAACAGCGCUGUGCGUUUGCUUAAGACGGCCGGGCAACUUUUCAUCGAGAACUAUCCUGUGGACCUUGCUCAGGUCAAUGAAGUCACCCUUCCGUUCUCUAGCCAAAAACGCAUGGUUCCACUAACCCUUGUCGAUCUGCCUUCUUACCAGUGGCAGUACGAGAAGCAAUACUGGGCUGAGAACCGGACCAGCGCCCAACACCGCGCUAUCACUCACGCUCGUCAUGACGUUCUUGGACGCCGGAUUCCAGGACUCACAAAGUCCAGCUUCGUGUGGUCCAAUAGGCUACGCAACAAGGACUUGCCAUGGCUGCAAGACCAUAAACUUGGAGGGGAUAUCAUGUUCCCUGCAGCUGGCCACAUGGCGGCGGCCAUCGAAGCUACCCGACAAUUAUGUGAGCUUCGCGCAAUCGACAUAAAAGGUGUUCAACUGCGUGACAUCGACAUUAGUAAUGCUCUUGUCAUUCCAAACGAUGAAGACGGGAUCCAGAUUCAAGUACGCCUUACCGAGGUUUCUGUCGGAGCCGACUCCCUGCCAUCCUUCCAGUUUGUUCUUGAAUCCAUCGUCGAUGACGUGGAAAAGACCCACAGCACUGGAAAGGUUGUUCCUUUGCUCGAAGAACGCGCGGAUGAGAGCUACGAAGCCCACCCAGUUGAUCUAUCGAAGCUAACUCGCCGACAAUCCGGAAACAGGUGGUACGAAGCCUUGCGUGAGGUUGGCUUUGACUACGGCCCGUCAUUCAAUGAUUUGCAGAGCGUGCGAUCAAGCGGCAAAGGAAGGGACGCUGCCGCAUCACUACACGUCCGACAAUCAAAUCCAGUCAUGCAGGAUGAAUCCAGAUACAUGCUGCACCCAUCCACUGUCGAUGCUUGCCUGCAACUGAUCAUCAUCUCAAUUCAUCGCGGAAUGGCGGAGAACCUUCCUUGGGGUGUGGUGCCUGUCAAGAUAGAGCAAGCGUCAUUCUGGCCGUUGGAUGCGGACAACUCGAGCCUCGGUCAAGCCGUUGCUUGGACUAGCGAACAGGAUGGAAGAUUUUUCAACACUCACACCAAACUCAAGUCAUCAACUGGGAAGCUGGUUCUAGACAUCACCGGCCUGCAGUGCAUAAUGUACGAAGCUGCCAUCCCGGUGCAGAAGACCGUCAUGCCGGAACAGCAGCCGUACAGUAUGAGCAAAUGGGAUAUUGACGUCGACGCCAGCGUUUUCGCGGACAUUCCGUGGACGACAAGCGGCCAGAACGCGCUCAUGGACCUUGUGAAGCUAAUCAAUCACAAAGCCAGCCCCGCAACCGCGGCAAUUGUCGGCUCUGUAGAAGACGAUGUUGUGAGCGCUGUCAAGGAUGCCAUCCCGAACGUCAGCAACGUGACUCUCUAUCGUCCUGAUGUUUCUCGCGAGUCUGAGCCUAUCCAUACUGAUGGCACUACGAAGCCGGAGUCUUCGGGAUACAAAAACCUCAUUGAGUCGCAAUCUCAGCCGUACAAUCUAGUCAUUGCGGAUUUGACCGAUUUGACAUACUACGACACAGUUUCUAAGGACGUGCUCUCGUAUGUCACAAAUAUGGUGGAAGAGACAGGCCGUAUUGCUGGGUUGAUCACGGCCGAGCUCCUACAAGCAACCAAAGAGACUUUCGAUUCAACCAAGUUAACUCUGAAGACAAAGUCGCUCGAAGACUUGGUUCUGUUCUAUGCGACGCCAGUAGCGCUUACUACAGCGCCCGCUGCACUUACACUAUUUUGCGCCAGCAACGCCGAUGCUAGCAGCAACGAGCUCGUUGAAGAACUCCGUAAACACGACAUUACUGUGGAGGUCACAGCCCUCUCUAAAUACAGCGCCAGCUAUAAUCAUCACGCAGUAAUCUAUGACCCUGCUGGUACCAUCCUAACGAUGCUCGAUGAGCAGUCCUGGAAGGGUUUACAAGAUAUCCUCUCUAGCGGCAGACUUGUAACAUGGCUCACAAAGGGUGUGAACGAGCUCACUAGUGUGGACGGAGGUUCCGCUCAAGGCUUCCUUCGUGUUCUACGCGCUGAAGACCCAGGCGCCAAACUCGACCUAUUGGAUAUUGAUAGCGCUUCUUCCCCGCUGUCAGUCUCGACCGCUUUGAAGUACUUGGCCAGCCGAAACUUCGAACAAACUAGUGAGGUCGACAUAGCCGAUACCGAAUUCUGGCUUCAUGAUGGAAAUUUGCUUUGUCUCCGCGUGGAAUCUGCUACAAAGGUCAACUCCACAAUUGCCUUGGAAAAACAGCAGACCAGCACCCGACGAAUCACCGACGCAGUUCUGAUUGGCAGUCUUUCAGACACUGGCUUAACUUUCCAAAAGGCUGAGCCCGUUGUCUUGGGCGCUGGCCAAGUGGAAGUGUGCGUUACCCACGAAGGUCUCUCAAGGUCUGACAAUGGUCCGCGAUUUGUAGCGGGCACGGUCACCAGAGUCGGUCAGGAUAUCUCCGAAGAGGCCAAGGGUCAACACGUCGUGGUUGCUUCCAGUCAGAGCUUCACUACGCAUAUCCAGGCUGCGUGGAGUGAAUGCGUGGUCUGCCCUGCAAAGAACAUUGCCACGGUGAUCGAGGAGCUCCCCAUGGUGAUCUCGGCGGUCAACGCACUUCAAUAUGUCUCGCCAGAUCAUCAUAUUUACCUCCUGCCAAUGGAAUCUGCCAAGCAAGAUGCUUUCCUGCUCGCCGCACACGCAAUGAACUUGCACGUCGAGCCCAUUGAGUCGGGAGUUCCCGCAAAACGUGUUGAAGCGGUAAUGCAAGCUGCCGGAUCGCAGCGCAAGGUAGCUGUCAUUUCCCAGGACUUUGAGAAUUACGCCCAAGAGGUUUGGCGAUCAAUUCCUGCUGGAUGCUCUUUUGUUGUCAACGAGGGUCCCGUGUCCAGCGUUCUGGACCCGCUUCCGCUCACUAGAGGAGCUGUCUUCCGUUCGACCAGCAUGAAAACCUUGUGGAAGAGUCACCCACAGGAUCUGAACUCGAUACUGCGAUUGACUGUGCAAAUCAUUGGAGAUUCUGCUUCAAAAGAUCAGGCAGUUGUUCCUCACAUCGUCAAUGUUGAACAGUUCAGCAGUGAUCCUAAGGCACAAGCUUCAGCGACAGUUCUAACGUAUGGAUACGGACAAGACCAAGUUCUGAUUAAAACAUCUCCUCCCAAAGCCACGUUCUCUCCUGACGCUUGCUACUUGCUGGUAGGCUGCCUCGGAGGACUUGGUCGCAGUCUCACGACAUGGAUGAUUGAGAGAGGUGCACGUCACUUGGCAUUCAUCUCUCGAUCUGGCAGCGACAAGCCUGAAGCAGCCGAACUCGUUGAAUCACUGAGAGCUGAUGGUGUCACUGCCGAUGUCUACCGUGGGGAUGCCUCUAGCUUGGCCGAUGUUCAAGAUGUUGUGGCCACGGUCAGCAAGACCAGACCUAUCCGUGGUGUUGUACACGCUGCCAUGGUCCUCAACGAUGGCGUUUUCGGACCAGCACUGUCUAUGGAGCAGUUCAACUCGGUCAUGGCUCCGAAGGUGAACGGCGCAAAGGCACUUGUCGAAGCGCUGCGCGACUGCGCUCUGGACUUUUUCGUCAUGACGAGUUCCAUCUCCGCGACAGUCGGUACGCCAGGCCAGUGCGCCUAUGCCGCAGCGAACAGCUUCCUCGACAGUCUGGCAUCGAAGCUCCGCAUGGAAGGGGUGCCCGCUGUCUCACUUGCGCUGCCCAUGAUCCUGGGCGUUGGCGUCGUCGCCGAAUCCGACACGCUCGAACAGCAGAUCCGCAAGCGAGGUAUGCACGGUGUCGAGGAAGACGAGAUGUUGCGAGGAUUCGAGGCUGCCAUUUGCCGAUCCUCUGACAACAAUCUUGUUGCUCCAGCCAUUCUCAACAUGGGCCUCGACCCUGUCCGUCUUGCAGCAGCUGUUUCGUCUGCCGACCUGUCAAACGUCUGCUGGUGGAACGAUGGCAGACUCUCGGCCGUUCGCAGGGCGAUUGAGAAUCUAGCCAAGGACAGCGGCUCUUCUCAAGCCGCGGGCACGGGGUCGGUCAUCAGCGAGGUAUUGAACCUCGCGCACGACGACGCUCUGGCACUGGUUGCCCAGCAUAUCAUUGAGAAGUGUUCAACCAUUCUCAUGGUUCCUGUCGAAAACUUUGAGGUCGAAGGCCCCAGCGUCGCCAGCUACGGACUCGACAGCAUGAUUGGAACGGAGAUGCGAUCCUGGCUGUUCAAGACGUUUGGUCUCAAGAUUCCUUUUCAGGAGCUCUUGUCCGCGUCGCUUUCUUUCGCGGAGCUCUCGAAGGUUGCUCUGGCUGCAUUGCAGGCAUAA